CAGGCUGUAGAUACUAGAUAGCAGAUGAGGAGAACUAUAACAAUGGUGAUAAAGAUGUCAAUACUUAUGAUAUUGAUUUCAUCAAUGGUGAUGAAUAUGGUCGAGGUUGAGGUUGACCAGAUUGAAUCAUGGGUCAAGGACUUCCAGGAUGGAAAAGCUGCUGUCCACAAAAAUUCUCAACCUAUUCCAGCUGAGAACAACGAACCAGUGAAGCUUGUUGUCGCCGAGAGCCUUGACGACAUAGUUCAGGUCAGCGAGCGGAAACGUUGUAGUAUACGAAGGAGACAGGACAAAGGAAGACUUCAUAGUUCAGGGUUGGUGAUACUAGCAGAAGAUGAUGAGGAAGAACACGAAAAGAUGGAUUAGUUAAAGCUUCCAAAAAC